UCAGUGUACUGACUUUUUGAGCAAAUUUAAAAAUAUUUUAUUUUCUAUUUCUGCUUGUAUUCGCAAGAAAUAUUAGUGUUUUCAGUUUUAUUUGGGAAACAAUAACUUCUAUAAAGCAAUUAUGCCAAUUGACGUGCAAGGCACGUUCGUAUCACAAAAAAUCAACAAGGUUAGAUGGAUACCAGAGGAGUAUGUCGAAACAAAGUGUUUUUUCACCGGUAGUUGGGAUGAUGACGUUAAUUCUGUAAAAGUUUGGACUUUUGAGAGCCUCCAUGAAGAGGAAGAGGUUGAAUAUCCUCGGGUGCUUUCGGAGUAUACAGUUGGCGGCGAUGUUACUCAGAUCAAAUUUGUGGACAAAACCAAAAUAGCAGUAUCAACGUCUGAUGGAAAUGUGCGUUUGUUAGAAGUCAGUGCAUAUGAGAAACAAACACCACUUAGAAGUAUAUAUGAGUGGGAAAAGUUGCAUAAUUACGGAAUAGAACAAUGUUCAUGUACAUCUCUAGACACAUUUGAAGGGGACAUAGCAACAAUUGGGGAAGAUGGUAACUUGAAUAUAUUAAAUGGCAGAAGAGGGAAUAUUACUCGUACAUUCACUGGAGCUGACAGCUGUUCAUUACAUUCUGUUUGCUUUAUAAAGCACAAUGAGGUUAUUACGGGUAAUAUACGUGGACACAUGAAGAUAUGGGACCUCAGAUCUGCUGAAAACAAACCUACAGCAUCAUUCCUCUUAGCCGGUGAUGAACUGGCUGCAACCUGUAUUGUGUACCACUUAACUCAACCUCACAUAAUCCUCGCGGGCAGCGAAUCUGGAUCUCUUGCUGUCUGGGAUCUCCGUAUGAACUCAUUCCCUACCUCUUUACUAAAUGCACACUCCUCUGGAGUUACCGAAAUGCAGUUCCAUCCAGAGAACCCAAACAGGUUGCUGACUUGUUCAGUAUCAGGUGAAGUUUGGGAUUGGAAUAUGGAAGGUAUAACAAAAAGCACUAAAGGACCAGACAACCAAGUCACUACAUGGAUGCCCUUGGAAGAUAAGAAUACAAUGACAGCAAACUCAUUAAUGCCCACUUUACAUAAAGCUAUUAAUACUUUACACUGUGAUAAAGAUAGAAUCCUUUGUGGUACGGACAACGAAGCUAUUUAUCUCCUAAAGAAUUACAAGUACUGAGUCUCAGCAGUUUAUCGUCUAUGUUAAAAUGGGAAUUCGA